AUGGUCGUUGAUUCAUGGCUGGGGAACUUCAUACGGCACUCGAGGAAAGCCGUGCCGCCGGAGGCCGAUCGAGCGAUCAUCGGAGUUUUAGCGUUCGAGGUGUCGAAGCUGAUGUCAAAAGUAGUGAACCUAUGGCGGUUUCUCGGCGACGGCGAGACGCGGACGCUGCGAGACGACGUCGUCGGCACAAUCGGCGUUCGGAUGCUGGUCUCCGGCGACGGGGAUUACCUCAUGGAAUUGGCUCUUGACGAGAUCCUCGACAACUUCGCCGAGGUCUCCGUCUCCGUGGCGGAAUUGGGGAGGAAAUGCGCCGACCCGAGGUUCAGCCGGUUCGACAUGUUUGUGAGCGAUCCGAUUCGGAACCACCUGGAGUGGUUCGGGUGGGAGUACCGGCCGAAGAAGAUGGAGAGGAAGGUGAAGAAGAUGGAGAGGUUCGCCGGAGUGAUGGUGGUUCUAGCCCAGGAGCUCGACGUUCUGGCUGAGCUGGAGCGGUCUCGACGGAGAAUGCUCGGGAACCCGAAAACCGACCCGAUCAAGCUGCUGGAAUCGCAACAGAGGGUGCUCUGGCACCGAACGGAGAUCCGAAACUUUCGAGCAAUCUCCCCGUGGAUCCGAUCUUACGACUACGUCGUCCGACUGCUCGUCAGAUCUCUCCUCACGAUUCUCGAGAGGAUCAAAACCGUCUGCCAGAUUAACAGGAUCGCCUUCCGCCGGAAAUCAAGGAAUCCGGCCGGCGGUCCUGCUUUGACUCGGAGCCAGUCAAUGUCGUCGAUCAUGAAGCAUUACUACGCAGUACAUCCUUCGCCGGGUGUCGGCAGCCCGACCCGGAAAAAGUUCAGGUACAGACACGAACAGGGGAAAAUCGGCCAUUUGGAACCCUCGCCGCCGCCAUCCCCUCCACGUGGCUGCCACCAUCGCCGGUCGAGAACACGGUUGAGCGACGUUGGUGGGUUGAAUGGAUGUAUGCACAGCAAUCGAGACAGGAACCAAAUCGGAAGCUCCCUCCGCCACGUGUCCAAUUCUCCGGUGGUGGCAGGGGGAAAAGAAGAGGCAGAGCAGCAGGCGUCGUGUUCAUCCUCGACGGUUGUAGCUGAGGCGAUCUACUCCAAAUUAGCCUUUUUGGGAUCCAAGAGGCGACAACUGAUCAACCCGGCGCCAACCACUUUAGGUGACGCCGGGUUGUACUUACACUACGCGAACUUAAUCACCGUGAUCGAGAAAAUGGUGUCGGCGCCUCAUGAGAUCGAAUCCACAUCACGAGACGAGCUCUACGGAAUGCUUCCCGGGAGCCUGCGCAGCGUGCUGAGAAAGCGGUUGCGAGAUCACGCCACGUGUCGAGUGUCCUCUGUAGGGUAUGAUGCGACAGUUGCCGCAGCAUGGAGGCAGACGGUGGCGCGAGUGCUGGAGUGGUUGCUGCCGCUGGCGCACAACAUGCUGAGGUGGCAGGCAGUGAGGAACUUCGAGCGCGAGCAUCACGAGGAGGCAGAUUCGAAAACACAUGUCCUAUUGGUCCAGACGCUGUAUUUUGCUGACAGAGCGAAGACGGAGGCGGCGAUCGUCGAGCUGAUUGUCGGAUUGGAUUACUUGUAUAGAAUCAGCAAGAGACUCGAGGAGAUGCGUCUUGACCGGAGAUGA